AUGCUGUUCUCCCAAGACCGAGACCUCGACGUGCCCGGAACCGAGCUACUAGUUGACAUCCAGCAUAAUUUGGAUGUCGCUCAUGAUGGCUCGGACAUCAUCUUGUUGCCGCGUCCCACAGCCUGCGAGGGUGACCCACUGAACUGGUCGAGAUGGAAGAAAUACUGGCAUCUUCUUCUUAUCUCAAUCUAUGCUUGCGUUUUCUCGUUUGGUGAGAAUAACACGGGUGACGCCUACACGACCAUUGUAGAAAUGACUGGAUCAACGAUGACGAUCAUGAACGGCGGGGGUGCCCUCAACUAUCUAUUAUUAGGUCUGGUAAACAUUUUCUGGAUCCCCGCCGCCAUGAAGAUUGGUCGGCGAUUCUGCUUCCUCGCGACAUUGUUGCUCUGCAUUGGCUCAUCACUCUGGAUGGGUGCCUUCCAUACCGCAGGGGAAUGGUUCGGUAGCAACAUUCUCAACGGACUUGGGACCUCGGCCUACGAAGCAGUCAUUCAGCUUGUUGUCUUCGAUUUAUUCUUCGACCACCAGCGCGGUCGUAUGCUAGGAGUUUACAUUUUUGCUCAGCAGCUAGGUUCGAUUAUUGGCCUGGUUGCUGGUGGCUAUAUCUCUGAUGGACCAGGUUGGCGCUGGGCGCAAUGGGUUGUGUCUAUUGCUGAGGGCAUUUUAAUCAUCGCCUUCUUCUUCACCUUCGAGGAAACGAUGUUUCCCCGGUUCCUCUUCACCUCCUCCCACACACGUCCGACGAACAAGGCCACAAUACUAGCCCAGUCAGAUGCUGCCCCAGAGGAUGAGGCAGCAACAACGAAGGGGAAGGGACCAGUCAUCGCGGAUAAUGCCAGUGUUGAAGAAGGUACAGCUUUCUAUACACCAGAACCUUCUCAGUUCCCCAAGCGGACGUGUCGGGAGAAACUCAGGCUGUGGGUUUACUAUCCGCAAGAUCACACAUCAUAUUGGACGUACUUCAAGCGGCCAUUCUUCUUGUUAGGAUUUCCCAACAUUGUCAUCGCCGGGGUUAUUUUUGCAUUUGGCUGCACCUCGGGUAUCGUCACCAAUAACACCAUCUCGGAAACACUAUCAGCUCCUCCAUACAAUUUCACCGAUGGUCAGACGGGCCUCGUGUACAUCUCCGCCCUAGUCGGCAGUGUUAUCGGUUACUUCACCAGUGUUUUGGGUGACAAGAUUGUAAUCUACCUCGCCCGACGAAAGGAUGGUAUCAAAGAGCCCGAAAUGCGUUUGUGGGCGCUGGUCCCAUGCUUCUUCUAUGCCGGACUGGGGUAUGAGAUAUAUGGCUGGGGAGCUGAGGCAGGCUCACACUGGAUUACACUUGCGGUGGGCAUUGGAAGCAUGAUUGCGCAACAGGUGGCUGCAACCUCUACUGACAAUACCAUCGUGGGUACAGCAGCUCCCACCUUGACCAAUGAAUGGGAUUCAUUGACCGAUAUUGGAUGGUAUGGCUCAGCAUACCGACUUACAACAUGUUCAACGCAGUUUCUUUUUGAAAAGCUGUACGAGAAGUUCUGUGUGAAAUGGGUUCUUGUUAUGGCGGUGGCCAUCCUUGAAAUCGGGUCCAUUGUGUCUGCCUCGGCACCGAGUUCAGCUACAUUCAUUGUCGGAAGGGCCAUCGCUGGCUGUGGCUCCUCUGGGAUUCUUAACGGAGUUUUAAUUGCAAUUUCUCAUACAGUUCCGCUUCGCUGGAGGCCAAUAUGCAAUAGCACCGUCGGAGGCCUUGAGUGCAUUGCAAUGGUCGUCGCACCUGUAAUUGGGGGUGCCCUUACAACAUAUGUCACAUGGAGAUGGUGUUUCUGGCUCAACCUCCCUGUGGGUGGGUUCACGAUGAUUGUGAUUAUCUUCCUCUUCAAGAACCCAGAGUGUCAGAAAUUUACCGAUGAACCAUUCUUCACCAAAAUCAAGCAGCUCAACAUUAUGAGCCUUCUCAUAUUCACUGGAAGCGUUGUUUGUAUCCUGCUAGCACUCCAAUGGGGUGGCACUACGUACAGUUGGAGCAGCGGUAGGGUCAUCGCUCCCCUGGUGGUCGCCGCAGUAUCGUUUGGAGGCUUCAUUGCUUUCGAGGUGCUGCAGAAAGAUGCCGCUACAAUUCCUAGAUCUGUGAUACUCAACAGAACCGCCGGACUAUGCUUAGUAUACGCCUUCUGUUCAUCGGCGGCCUUUAACGUUACAGAUUACUUUGUAACUGCCGAUCUGGUUUUUCAAGCGAUCAAGGGUGCCACAGCAGCUGAGUCUGGACUAAUGCUCCUUCCAUCUAUUAUUGGUCUUUCUAUUGCCGCAAUCAGCUCGGGUUUCAUCGUCUCGGCCAUAGGAUAUUAUAUACCUCUCAUGCUGCUUGGUUCAACAAUGAUGGCUAUUGGAUUCGGGUUCCUAACAAGCUUCACACCAAGAACCACAGAUUCUGCCUGGAUCGGCUGGCAGGUCAUGCUUAGUAUCGGCAUCGGCCUAGCGUUCCCCCAACCCUGGUCGGCGACUCAGACGGCGCUUGACGCGAAGGAUAUCCCCGUUGGUAUCGCGGCGGUUGGCUUCUCUAUUAGCAUUGGUGCCGCAAUUUCCAUUUCCGUGUCGCAGAAUAUUUUCACAAACCUCCUUCGAGAGGGUUUAUCUAGUGUCCCCGAUCUAUGA